AUGGAACAGGCCUAUAAUAAUCCCGUUUUCGGCGGGGCAGGCCAGCAGCAGCCUCCACCGGAUCCUGCCGGAACAUCCGACACGGCCAGGCCCGACCCGGCCGGCGCUCACCAUGAGGCCAUGGAAACGGAGGACACACAAAAUACCGGUGGGGUCGUUCCGGAAGGGCAGGGUGGGACCGGCGCGGCCGAUGGGUCGGCGCCGGGUGGCCGCCUUGCGGACAUCCUCGCGGGCGCAUUCGCGCCGGACACCGCGGGUGGCCUGGCGGGCGCCGCAGGGAUUACAGUCUCAGCAGACCCUGAGUCAAUAGCGCGGCUUAAUGCGCUCGCGCGCGUUUUCCGCGAGCCGGGCACGGCUGACGCCAUUAAUGCACUCAUGGCGGCGCAGCAGCAGCUCACGACUCAGCGGCUGAGUGCGCCCUUCACCCUGGGAUCAUCACUGCCCCACAUGCCGCCUCUGGCGGAGUACCCAUCUGUGAAGGGCCAGACCUUUGAGUCCUGGUACGAGGCCGAGAUGCGGCCUUGGCUGCAGCUAGUAGGGGGCAGGGCGCCCCGCGAGACCUGGGUGUCGUACACCCUGCGGGCGAUGAAAUUUGAUCUCAGGCAGCGGGUGAUGGCUUACAUCCAGGCCUUAGGCCUUGACCCCAUGACGCUAGAGUGGGAGCAGUUCAAAGCCAUCAUGUUCCAGCAGUCCUUCCUGCCCCACCCAAGCGAGAUAGCAAAGCGUCAGCAGCUGAUGAAGCCAAUCAGUGCCGGCGCGGUGGCCAAGGCCAGCGCCUUUGAUACCGUUGCCACCAUGUCAGACCUCACCCGCCAGUUCCAGCAGUGCAACCCGCCGCCCAACACAUCGUGCGGCUGGUGCCAGAGCACCAUGGUAGCGAUGGGCAUGAACAAGCUGCCGCCCACGCUGGCUGAAAUAGUGGCGGUGCACCCGCACAAGGGCGAAUGGAAAACCUUCGCUGAAUGGUCUAACUACGUGAUUGACAUUGCGCCCACGUGGCUGCACCAGCUGCAGCAGAAGGAGGCAGCCGCGCGCGCCCAGGCGCAGCUGCUGCAGCAGCAGCGGCGCCAGCAGCAGCGCCCCUAUGAAAGCGGUGGGCGCGGCGGCGGCGGCGGUGGUGGCGGCGGUGCGCCGCCCCACCCUAAGCGGGGCUGGGACGACGCCGAGGCUGCCUCGUUUGUGGCCACAAGCCCGUCUUCAAGCGCGGCGAUGGCGGCGGCCGCGGAGGUCGCGGGCGCGGUGGCCGCGGCGAUCGUGGCGGCCGCGGCGGCCGCGGGAGGCUGGGCCGUGGCGAUGCUGGACGUGGCGACCAGCAGCUGGCUGAGCGUAGACUGCAGCGUGAAGCCUCUUCGGCUGCUGCAGCCGUGA